AUGAUAGCGCUUUUAGCUCGCGCUAGCCUAGUGCACCUUAGCGCAUGUGGGUGGCUCUGCCUGUCUUCGCUCUCUCCAUUGCGCAACCAGGGAUAUUUGAACAUACUAUUUAUCCACGCCGCGCUGCUCUGCUUAACAAUUCUCAAUGUGCUUAGGACGGCUUGCACCAUGCUACACGCCGUAGUGCGGCCUGAGCUGGCUUUCACAUUUCUCCGCAGUCUCCCUGGCGUGAGAAGGAUAGUUGAGCGCUCAAAAAGGCAGAUCCUAUUAGAGCUGGAGGUUAGUCUGAAGUCGGGCGCGAAAGAGCAGAAAAUUUGCGAGUUGCCGACAAGUGGUCUGUCAGUUGAGGACAUCCUCAAAACUGCUGCACGUCUUAAGAAUGGUGACUAUAAGCAGUUAUUCUAUGCGUCAAAGCUGACAGGUACGAUCUAUGCUUCCGAUACGAGGCAUCGUGAUCUUUGCAAUACCGUUUAUUGCGAUUUUGCUCACACAAACCCACUCCAUAGCGACGCUUUCCCCAGCGUGGGUCGCAUGGAAUUGGAAAUAGUGCAUAUGACUAGCAGGUUAUUAUCAAGCGAUUCCCGAAUAGAAAUUUGUGGAACGGUAACGUCGGGCGGGACAGAGAGUAUUCUCACUGCGAUACGAGCCUCGCGAGAUUUCAUCUGUCACACAAAGGGGAUAACAAACCCCGAAAUGAUCGUGUCCCUUUCCGCACAUGCAGCCGUGUACAAAGCGGCAGAGUAUUUCAAAAUAAAGAUUCGGCGCGUACCGAUGGAUGAAAAUGGAAGGAUGAAUAUUUUGGCAGUCAAAAAGGCAUUACGUCGCCAAACAGUACUAGUAUACGCGUCGGCACCAACGUAUCCGCAUGGAACCAUAGAUCCUGUAGAUGAUCUUUCAAACAUCGCAUUACAGCAUGGUUGUUGCCUGCAUGUUGAUGCGUGCUUAGGUGGCUUCGUGCUGCCUUUUUUAAGCGAUGUUGAGCAUGAAAGUCGUGUACCAAAGUUUGACUUCUCACUUCCGGGUGUCACGUCCAUGAGUGUCGACACACAUAAAUAUGGUUACGCGCAGAAAGGAUCGUCUGUAAUUCUUUAUUCGACAGCAAUAAUGCGCCAGUUUCAGUAUACGUCAGUGGCAGACUGGUCUGGAGGGCUAUACAUUUCCCCAACACCAGCCGGUUCUCGUUCGGGAGGUCUCAUUGCACAAACUUGGGCUGCAAUGCUCCAUAUGGGUUACGAAGGGUAUUCUAAAGCAGCACACGAUAUAUUUGCUGGUGCCAAGAAGCUUCGCGAAGCGAUAGCUGCUACUGAAGGCUUGGAACUGAUCGGAACGCACAUAACAAUGAUCGUGGCUUGGCACACUUCGACGGGUAGCAAUAUAUAUGUACUAAACGAUAUAUUGACAUCAAAGGGCUGGAGACUGGCAGUGCUUCAAAAUCCUAAAGCGCUGCAUUUUUGUAUCACGCCUGCCAAUCUAUCAGCCAUCGAUGAGUUGAUAACUGACCUGAGAUCAGCAGUGCGCUUAUCACAGACCCUGAAGACAGUGCCCGGAGGGAAGGCCCCCAUAUACGGCUUGGCGCACGGUUUGCCCGAUAGAGGAGUCAUAAAAGCACUCCUUAAAGACGUUCAAGACGUAAUGCUUAACAACAUGUAA